GUUCUUCAGGAAAUCCACACAGAGGUUGAGCUUUACACUCCUGCUGUUGAAGAAUUAACUGCAGAGGUUGGCUAACCACGAAGCUGUAAGGAUUGGAAACCACGCUCUUACAGAUACACUAUCUAAUGAAAAUGGUAUCCCAUGCUAGCGUGAACUGUCCGCGGAUACAAGAUAAGAUAUUCCGAUUCUUGACAUUAACUGUCAUUAUCUAUGGAGUUCUGAUAUUAGGAGGUGCACACAGCUGGUUAUACUAUUACAAAAAUCAACUCAUGACUUGGCAAAAGGCAAGGAAAUACUGUCAAACUCAUUUCACCGACAUGGUGGCAAUACAGAAUAUGGAGGAAAUCGCUUACCUGGUAAACUAUUUGAAAGGUGGGAAAGGUCAUGUCUGGAUUGGUUUGAGGAAGCACAACAAUAUUUGGACCUGGAUCGGAACAAGUCGCAAAUUGGAGGAUAUUGGCAUGAACUGGGCUCCGGAUGAACCCAACAAUGGAAAGAAUAAUGAAGACUGUGUGGAAAUGUAUAUCAAUGUGGGAGAAAAUUCAGGAUUGUGGAAUGAUGAGCCUUGCAAGAGAAAGAAGAGGCCAGUGUGUUACAAAGCUACAUGCACUCCAGACAUUUGCAAUGGUCAUGGUGAAUGUGUGGAAACAAUUGGUUCAUUUAAGUGUGCUUGCUAUGAGGGAUUCCAUGGAGAACGAUGCGAGAAAGUCCUUAAGUGCCUCGAACUGGAGACUCACGACCACGGCAUUAUGAACUGUUCUAAUCCUUACGGAACUUUCAGCUACAACUCAACUUGUGACUUUAGUUGUGUUGAAGGAUUUUCAAUACAAAAAGACAAGGAAAAGAGGCUGCGAUGUAAUGCCUCUGCAGACUGGGAUGCACCUGUACCCACGUGCGAAGCUAACAGGUGCCGUGGGAUGGAGGUUCCCAGUAAGGAUAUCAUGAACUGCUCAUAUCCAUUUGGAAAGUUCCGCUACAAUUCAACCUGCACUUUUGGCUGCAGAGAAGGAUAUGUGGUUCAUGGAGCAGAGAGAAUCCGGUGUUUAGCUUCUGGUCAAUGGACAGAUCAACAACCCAGAUGCAAAGUUCAACAAUGUGAAACUUUGGUAGAUCCGGAGCAUGGCACGAUGAAUUGCACUGAUCCUAUUAAUGAUUUUGGAUACAACUCAACAUGUGAUUUCAGCUGCUCUGAAGGAUUUUCGUUAAAUGGACUAAGCAGGCUCCAGUGUAAAAUUUCUGGGCAGUGGUCAGCCCAAACACCAACAUGUGAAGCGGUGAAAUGCAGUGAACUGAAGGUCCUUCCUAACCUCUCCAUGAACUGUUCUGACCGCUUUGGAAGAUUUAGUUAUGGCUCAGUAUGUGACUUUCUCUGUGAGGAUGGAUUUACCUUACAGGGGUCAGACAGACUGGAGUGUGAGGUUUCCGGGCAAUGGACGUCAAAGGUACCCAUCUGUAAAGCUAUUCAGUGUACACCAUUGAAAAUUCCUGAGCGAGGUAACAUGAACUGCAAAGAUAUGUAUGGAGAUUUCAGUUACAACUCGACAUGUGUGUUCAGCUGCAUUGAAGGGUUUGCAAUAAAUGGAUCCAACAAUCUUCAAUGUGAAGCCUCUAGUCAGUGGACAGCAGAAGUCCCCACUUGUGAAGUUGUAAAAUGCACGGCACUGGAGAAUCCUGAGCAAGGGACUGUAAGCUGCUCCCACCUCCUUGGACCUUUCUCUUACAAUGCAACAUGUGACUUCAAAUGUGAAAGAGGCUUUGUAUUAAAUGGAUCAGAAACCAUUCAGUGUGGAGCCUUUGGACAAUGGACACCACAAAUACCCUCCUGUGAAGCCAUGAAAUGUGACAUGCUGAGAAAUCCAGACAGAGGAUCCCAUAACUGCACCCAUCCCAUCGAUCACUACAGUUACAACUCCUCUUGUGACUUCAGCUGUGCAGAAGGGUUCAUGUUAGUGGGAUCACACAGACUUGAAUGCAGAGAUUCUGGACAGUGGACAGCAGAAAUACCCACAUGUAGAGCUGUAUCCUGCCAGACAGUAACACAGCCAGAACGAGGGAUGGUAAACUGCACCCAUCCCAUUGGAGACUUCAGUUACAGCUCAACGUGCAGCUUUGACUGCACUGAAGGGUUUGUGCUGCAGGGGUCGGAAGUGCUUGUGUGUGAAGCCAAUGGACAAUGGACAGCACCUGUUCCCAACUGUAAAGCUGUAACCUGUCAGACACUGACAGACCCUGAACAAGGGACGAUGAACUGCUCACAUCCUAUUGGGGACUUUAGUUAUAGUUCAAUGUGUGACUUCAGCUGUGUUGAAGGGUUUGCAUUGAAAGGGUCAAAAAAUCUACAGUGUCAAAGCAAUGGACAAUGGACGGCACAAAACCCCAACUGUGAAGUUCUAAUCUGCGAGAGACUGAUGCAGCCCGAAAAAGGUGCAAUGAACUGUUCCCAUCCCAUUGGAAGCUUCAGUUUCAACUCGGCAUGUGACUUCAGCUGUGCUGAAGGGUUUAUACUGAAUGGCUCAGACCAUUUACAAUGUGAAGCUAAUGGGCAGUGGACAGCACAGAGCCCCAAAUGCACAGCUGUGAAAUGUGACAUGCUGAGAAGUCCAGACAGAGGAACCUAUAACUGCACCCAUCCCGUCGUUCGCUUUGGUUACCGCUCGUGGUGUGAUUUUAGCUGUGCUGAAGGGUUCACAUUAAUGGGAUCACACACACUUGAAUGUAGAGCCUCUGGACACUGGACAGCAGAAGCACCCACAUGUAGAGCUGUAUCCUGCCAGAUAGUAACACAGCCAGAACGAGGGAUGGUAAACUGCAUCCAUCCCUUUGGAGACUUCAGUUACAACUCAACGUGCAGCUUUGACUGCACUGAAGGGUUUGUGCUGCAGGGGUCGGAAAUGCUUGUGUGUGAAGCCAAUGGACAAUGGACAGCACCUGUUCCCAACUGUAAAGCUGUAACCUGCCAGACAAUAACACAGCCAGAACGAGGGAUGGUUAACUGCACCCAACCCAUUGGACGCUUCAGUUACAGCUCAACGUGCAGCUUUGACUGCACGGAAGGGUUUGUGCUGCAGGGGUCGGAAAUGCUUGUGUGUGAAGCCAAUGGACAAUGGACAGCACCUGUUCCCAACUGUAAAGCUGUAACCUGUCAGACACUGACAGACCCUGAACAAGGGACGAUGAACUGCUCACAUCCUAUUGGGGACUUUAGUUAUAGUUCAAUGUGUGACUUCAGCUGUGGUGAAGGGUUUGCAUUGAAAGGGUCAAAAAAUCUACAGUGUCAAAGCAAUGGGCAAUGGACGGCACAAAACCCCAACUGUGAAGUUCUAAUCUGCGAGAGACUGAUGCAACCCGAACAUGGUGCAAUGAACUGUUUCCAUUCCACUGGAAGCUUCAGUUUCAACUCCGCAUGUGACUUCAGCUGUGCUGAAGGGUUCACAUUAGUGGGGUCACACAGACUUGAAUGCAGAGCUUCUGGUCAGUGGACAGCAGCAAAGCCCACAUGUAGAGCUGUGCAAUGUGAUGCACUGAAUACACCGUAUCGUGGCUCAAUGAACUGCACCCAUCCAUUCGGAAAGUUUCGUUACAGUUCGAAGUGUGAAGUGAGCUGUGUGAAGGGUUUUGCUUUGAAAGGAGCAGCUGAAAUUGAGUGUACGGGUUCAGGAAACUGGACAAAUAUGUUGCCAGUUUGCAAAGAUAUAGAACCGCCUCUUCGGUCAGAUUUUUUGCUCUACGUGGGUGGAAUUGCUGCAGUAGCUGUACUCGGCCUUGUUAUCGCCAUGAUAAUGAUCUGGAUUAGAAGGAAAAUGAAGUCACAAGCUUCAGAUGAUUCACAAAUGCUAACCUCUGAAAGUGCUGAAGUUAAACAAGAUACGUUUGAAAAUCCUACAUUCGUGAAUAAUAUUUAAGGAUCCACAUGAUUAAGACAAAAUCUGUACAAAUGUGAAAAGGGCACAAGGCCAGUGAAAGAUUUACCUUGACCAUGACCUUUGUCUUCAUUGCAUCCAGAGAUUUUGCCUUAUUUUCUGACAUUAAGUCCUGGCUAUGGAAAACCUCCUCCAGCAAAUUCACAGGAAAAAACAAAGACAAUCCUUUUGCCCCUGGAAAUACUUGGAUCAUUAUUUUCUUUUCUUGAACUAUCCAAUUUUAGGCUUGAAAGAGAAAUUCAAUAACUUGGUGUUCUGAACUGGGCAUUCUCCACAGCACUUUUCCAUUGUUGUUCAACUUUGUAACAUUCCACUUCUCAAUGCCCUAUGUCUCAUCCAUAACGCACAUUGUAUUCCAGGUAUGACGCCCAAUAGAAUACUUACCCCUACCUCUGCCAAGAUCCACAGGUAUUUUGUGUUUCUGAGAAUCAUCUUGGAACCCUAAUGGCAUAAGUAAAAAUACCAGUUCAUUGAAUUAAGUUUGUCCAUUGCACUGGAAUCCAGUUAGUUCCAUUCAUUCCCCCACUCUCUCUCAAUUGCACUGGAUGUUCAUUUCCCUCAAAUGCUGGUCCAGUUAACCUCCACUUCCACCACCUUUGUGUGUAGCAAGUUCUAAGUCAUUGCCAUCUACUGUAUAAGAAGGAUUCUACCUCAUAUUGCAACCUCUUCCCCCUCCACCCCCGGCAUCUUGCCCAAAACUUUAAAUCUACACCUAAUCCUUGUACCAUGAGUUAAUGGAAACAGCUUUUCUGUCUUCCUUACCUAAACAUCUCAUCUGUACACCUCUGUCAGAUCUGUUUCAACCUCUCUUGCUCUAAGGAGAUGUCCCCAGCUUCCCUAUCCAAUCUCCUUCAUCCUAAGAACCAUUUUGGUAAAUCCUCUCAGCAGACCCACACUUUUUCAUUAAUUAUUUUCAUUAAUUUCCAUCCAAGUGUCAUUAAUGUACAUUCUGUCGAACGGCUUAUCCUUCAUUUACUCAGUCUACAGCUUCUUCACUAAAUUCCUGCCCACUGGCACUGUCAUAGUUUUGCUUCAUGUAUCUCUGGUACAUAAUGAUCAUGACUAUGCAUAACUGUCUAAAGUUUGCUUUUCUGAGUGUGUGAAUUGUAAAUGGAGUUCUGUACGUUUGAAUGGUUAACCAAGGUGUGGUCUUCAUUAUAGUUUUCCUACCUUCAAUGGGAGUUUGAAAUGUUAAACCAGCAUAACUAUAUUGUCUUUGAAGCAAAUCAUGCAAUAAAAUAUUUAUAUAAAAUA